ACGCAAAAUCUUAUCAAAAUAUCAUUUAUUAUAGUACUUCUAGCUAAGAUUUAGAAAAAUUAGGGAAAAGGAUUUUAUAAAGUUUUCAGAUUCGUAUUUGUAUGUGUACGCGUAUGGGUAUAUACUCUUUCGGGAAGCAAAAAUGGCACGGUGUGUGUUUCGCUGCCAUAGUUUUGGGUAUUUUAUUCAGUAGGGCAGAUGGAUGUGAUAUUGGCACGUCUUCACCAAGUGAUCAUACAGCCACUACUGGCGGAACCACAGACGGACGUUCAUUUUUCAUUGAGGGUGCGCCUUCGACAUGUUGUGGAACAAUGGCUAAUUGGAAAUUCUACACAAGUACUACGGGAACUGUCACAGCUAUGUUAUGGCGGCCGACAACUAGUAACAAUUUCAGACUUGAGUCCAUGGAAGAUCAUAAUGUUCAAGCGGGGCUAAGUACGCCGUUCCCUACAAGCACGCUGCAGGUGCAAGUUGGUGACGUAGUGGGCUGGAAAACAGGAGGCGCAGAGUUAAUUCCAAACAGCGCUACUCCGAGUGCGGGUACGCGGAGUCAACCUUUGAACCCAUUACUAAAUGCCGAGGUACCUUGGGGCGGGACGCUUGACACCGCCAAUACAUACGCAUUUGGAGCCGUCGUUGUAGAAAAUGUUUUGCCAACAAUUACCGGAGGAUCAGAGACCAUAGACGACACAGCCACGUCACAGACAGUACACACUCUAGCGAUCACAGACACAGACAGCCUCGAUUUUCUCGGAGAUACAGUCGUAGGAAUCACGUCAACAUCCCCCGCCACAACAGAUUUCUCCAUAGGUGAUGAUGGUACUAAUUUCGUGAUAAACAGUGGUGCUAGUUUAACAGUCGGUACCUAUGAACUGGAAGUAACAGUCGAGGACGCGUGCGAAGUCAACGUAUCUGCCACUGUGACAAUCACUGUUCAAAAUCCGGCGCCGGUAUACGACCCGUCAACACCAGACACAACGUACAGUGGGACAAUUAGUGACGCCACGACUACUGCUACUUCCAUAUACUCAUUCUCUGUGGUUGAUACUGACCCAGUCACGUGUACAGUUGACAAUUCAAAUUUCGAAAUUAGAGACGCACCACCAAAUAAAGAAAUUUGGCUUAAAGAUGUUGCUACGACCGACCUUCAUUAUGAUAACACUGCAACUGAGAGUAUGACUAUUAGUUGUACGGAUGGAGUCACAGCAGUACUAAGAACGUACUCUGUUAAUAUUGCCGACGAGGUGCCUGUGUUAACAAACCUUGGAGGGACGACGAAUGUCGGUGAUGGAACAGCGAUCGGCACGUCCGUCUAUCAGUUUACCGUCGACGACCAAGAUGACGUGGUCACGUGUACGUCAUCUGACCCAGAUUUUACCGUAACAGCUGUUGAUAGUGUGGCGGGAACACAAAGAUUUGAUAUAGAGACAGCAGCUGUCCUUGAUGCAGCCACAACGCCAUCAUAUACAUUAACACUGUCUUGUCUCGAUGGUGUUAAUGCUGCAGUAACAGACACACACACAAUAACCGUGUCAGAUGCUGCACCGGUAUUCGAUCCAGCUACUCCGGACACUUCGUACACAGGAACAAUAAGUGACGUCACCACAACUGCUACAAGUCUGUACGCCUUUUCUGUGAUUGAUACGAAUGCAGUCACGUGCACAACUGAUAAUUUGAAAUUCGAAAUAAGAGAUGUUCCCCCAAAUCAAGAAAUUUGGCUUAAAGAUGUUGCUACGACUGACCUGCAUUUUGAUAACAACGCUAUGGAGACCAUGACCAUCAGUUGUGACGACGGCACAACCACAAUAACGAGAGCGUUCUCUGUCGACAUAUCCGACGAGCCGCCGGUUUUAUCAAAUCUUGGAGGAGCAACGACGGGACCUGUUGGUGACCUCACCACCGCCAUCGGCACUACCAUCUAUCAGUUCACUGCCACGGAUCAAGAUGACCCCGUCACGUGCACCUCUUCUGAUGCAGACUUUACGAUAACUAACGAUAAUCCUGGUGUUGCGGGAACACAAGUAUUAAAUAUUGUAACAGCAGCGGGUCUUAACGAAGAUACAACACCAUCCUAUACGUUAACACUGUCUUGUGAUGAUGGUGAGAAUGCAGCCGUGACAGAUACGCUGACAGUUACCGUGUCAGACGAACAGCCGACACUGACAGGCUUGGAUGUGACGGCGACGGCAAUACCUGAUGGUGUCCAGGCAGCAGAACCUACGCUUGCUUCCUUUACAGUCACUGAUGCUAACGAUGUUGCUGGCAUAACAUGUAGUAUCACAGCACCAAAUGACGUGCUAUUCCAGUUAACGGGAACAGCACCAAAUAUUGACGUGAAACCAAUUAGCGGAACGACGUUGGAGGCGGCAUCUGCACCUUAUGAAGUAGAGAUAUUGUGUGAUGACGACGAAGCUGCAAAUACAGUCAGUGGCAUAGUAACUGUGCCUCUCACCAACACGCCUCCUGUGUUUGUUGAUAUGCCAGCUACACUGUCGCCGGCCAUAUCGGAUGCUACUGACACUGAUACCCUUCUACACAGCUUCUCCGUCACGGACUCACCGACGGCAACAAUUACGUGUUCGUAUACCGCAACCGCUCCAUAUGACGAUGAUUUUGACAUCCAAGGAACACCACCUGAUUUUGAGAUUUGGAUACUGGCUGCAAAUGAUCUGAAUUACGACGUGGAUUCCUCGGUACCAGUAACUGUAACUUGCACUGAUACAUUUACAAGCAUUACUGAAGAUUUCACUGUAGACAUUUAUGAUGAGGAUCCGGUAUGGACCGGGUUUCCGGCUGCCGCAUACCAGUAUUUAUCAGAUGGAGAGGCUUCGGCAGUUUCUUUAUAUUUAUUUUCUGUGGCUGACUCGGAUGACACCAUGCUUUGUGCAGUGGACCAAACUUCUCCGGAAGCAACACAUUUUGAAAUAAGACCAUUAACACCCCCUGAAUUCGAAUUAUGGUAUCAGGGUAGUCCACCGGCAGCUUUAGACUACACUGUGGCGUCAUCACAUGACGUGUCCAUCAUCUGCAACGACGGCGCAUCAUACACACAUACUGAGGUGUUUACAGUUGAUCUGGAAAACAGUCCGCCGACGUUCACCAACCUGCCCAAUGCGUCGCCGACAAUUUCAGAGUCAGAAACUACCAAGACAUCUCUGUUCACCGUGUCUGUCUCUGACAACACAGAGGCAUAUUGUUACCUUUCUGAUACUGUCAUAGCUGCGGGUAUUGAACCCCUGGAGAAAGGCACUGUGGCAUUGCCCAUUACAGAAUAUGUAGUGUAUGCCUGGCAUACUACUGGCUUUGACAACGAAGGAAGGUCAGGGACGAUCACUGUAGACGUGUCAUGUGGUGAUACUGUUUCUACUAUCACUGAAACACUGACAAUAAAUAUCCAAAAUUCAGCACCAGUAAUAACUAAUCCCGGAGGAUCCUACACUGUAUCUGAAGAAGAGACUGGGACCUUGACAAUGAAAACAAUUAACUUUGAGAAGUUUGAUGCGGAUGAUGCAACAUGUACCAUGACAAAUGCUGAUGGCGGUCCUUUUGAUGUUACCAAUAACCAGAUAGUGAAGACUGCUGGAGUGUUAGAUUACGAGACGAAGGAUGCAUAUAGCCUUGUCGUCAGUUGUACAGAUGGUGUAUUGACAACUACAGAUACCUUUACGGUCAACGUCGAAAAUAAGGGCCCUGACAUAACAAACCUCCCUUCGGCAUUUGAAAUACCAGAAGGACAAGUUGAUAGGCUUCAGUUACUUGGUCUUACACUGUCAGAGGAUGCUGUUGAUUGUUCACAGGUAGCUCCAGUUGAGCCGGAAUUCGAAGUACUGUAUGAGCCAUCCACAAGCUUGUGGACUAUAUAUUAUGUGGGGGAAGCUGUGGCCGGGAAAUCCCUAAAGUAUGAAACCACGCCUUACUACGAUCUCAAUGUUGUAUGUACUGAUACCCUGUCUGGAGCACAGGGCAAGCAGAAAACAUUUACGAUCAGCGUAGUCGAUAACGAGGCACCGGUUUUCGACAAUAUUGCAGGUUCAGUUGCUACGAAAGUUGAACUUGUAGCCAAAGAUUACAGUGCGACGGACACUGUAUAUACUGUGACUGCUAAUGACCCAACAAGCCCCAGUGAUCAGAUUACAUUUUCUAUGGUGUCUUGCGAACCAGCCGCGACAUGCAACUUUACACUGACUCCAAAUGGAGACAUAGUGAGCAAUGUCGACCUGCAUUCUCAUCCCGACGAUGUAUACAUUAUGUCGAUAAAGGUCGAGGAUGAAUAUAAUCAGAACACGUCGCCAGUAGAUUUGAUUCUCAAACUCAAUGAAAUAAACACAGUUCCUGUAUUUACCAACCUCCCGAAGAAGGACAAGGUCGGAGUCUUGGAAAACCAGUAUGCCGCCGGCGACACAGUGUUUCAGAUGUCUGUGUAUGAUCCCGACACUACAGAUACAUUGACGUAUUACUGCGUGUUCACUGAUGGCGGAGACGUGUAUUUUGAAUGUGACCCAGAUACUGGAGAGAUCAAGACCAAAGUUGACGUCGACUUUGAAGCCAUGAAUCCAUACGAGUUCUUUGUACAGGUACAUGUUAACGAUGGCUACGCUGACUCGGAGGUGCAGGAUAUUGUACUACGAGUAAACGAUGAAAAUGAACAACCAUCAUUUGACAGGCCUACCUGGACGAUCUCAAAUCCCGACGAGGGCGGUCAUGGAACAGUGAUAUCCUGUCCAGACUUUGCUAAUGAAAUUACUGACGAUGACAACUACGAAGAUUAUACAUAUACAAUGGACUGCCCAGGCGGUGGUGGAGUAUUUGUCAUGGACAAAAAAACUGCCUGUGUCACGAUGUUGAAAGAGUGGGAUCUGGAUGACGCGUCAAAGCGACUAGGUGUGGAAACAAUUUCGUGCACAGUGACGGCCACAGAUAAAGGAGGCCUUACGACAACAACUACGCUGAACAUAGAAAUCAAUGAAUCAAACGAUAAUAAGCCCUAUCUAGACCAGACGUCAUAUAUUUUCUGCGCAACCGUCGGAACUACAUCCGGCACUCUUGGGCAGGUUACUGUCGACGACAACGACGUACUGCCUGAACACAGGAUACAUGAUUAUGAACUUAUAGGAAGUGGUCCUUUUGCUUACGAUGGAAAUGGUGGCUUUACAUACGGUGACGUCAGUAGUUACCCAUUAGGCACGACCUUUAAGAGCACUCUUAGAGUGUACGACCAAGAUAACCCAGAGAACUAUGACGAAUCUGAGGUAUGUGUCAUGGUAUGUGAACCACCAGCGGCCUCUGCAGCAGCUGCAGCAGCAGCAGCUAGUUCCAGCUCAUCCUCGUCUUCUACCUCAGAUCUUCUCAUGUGGCUCAUACCCGCCAUCCUCCUGGGCCUGCUGGCGCUGGGCCUUGCUGCAUUCUUACUGAGAAGAUUCUGUUGUGCUGGGGGUGGAAGUCGCCUCUGUAUGAGGAAAUCUCCUGCCAGAGUUGUACGAGCGGUUCGGCCAGUGCGUGUUUUACAAGCUAAACCCGUUGCUGUCCGGCGCCAGGUUGUGAAGCAGGUAGUUACCCCAGUUCGAGUUGUAAAAACCCCCGUUCGGCAGGUUGUGAAAACCCCUGUCAAACAGGUUGUUACCCCUGUUCAGACUAUACAGAAACCCCCACAAUCAGCAGGGCUUCCGACUAUAAGCGACUUGCCAAUGCAUAAUUUCUGGGCUAGAGAUAGGGGCAAUAUAGGAUCGACCAUACCAACCUAAUUCAAGAUAGAGAUUUCAUCCUCAUUGAACAAUACGUAUUAUACACCGAUAAACGACAUCGCAUAACGUUCCUGGAGAUAAUUGUACAAAUACAUUGGUACAUUGCUAGAGCCAUUGAGCUUUUACAGUAUUCGAUUUGCGCAUUUUUUACAGUUGGUGUAUAACUGGACUUUCUUCAUUUGUAGAUGAUUUCAAACAACACAGUUUUUUUGGGUUUAAUGCAUGUCACGCAGAUAUUGAAAAUUACCUAUUUACAAUCAACUGUUCCUCGUAGGUCUAGUUAUUGCAUAUUCACCCGGUGUGUUUUGAUAUUUUCAAUACACCACUAUUUAUGUGAAAUACGAAGAGAUGGCACAUUUAUUUAAUUUGAAUUACAGUAAACAAUCUAGGUAGGCGGAAUCUAAAGAUCGACUUAAAACUUGAAAGAAAAGAAAGGAAGUUUCGACGCCAGUUUUCAAUAUGUGAUCUUAUAAAAGAUGUUACACAUCAUAAAUGAAUGCAUAUAGAUCUAGAUCGGGUUCAUCUGUAUCUUUUUUUUCUACUUGACAUUUAUCAUUCUGGUAUCAUUUUUCUAUUACGGACUGAAAAUAUACCUAAUGUCUGACAUUUUGUAUUGCGGGUAGAUUUCUAUGUUGUAUUGUUUUGUCUUGCCAACAUGAAACUUAAUUUUAGGAGUAUGUUAUUUAUUUUAUAUUUUCCAGCGAAUUAUAAAGUUUUCUUAGUGAAAUAAGUGAUAAUCCACAGUUUUAAAACAGUAGAUUAUCAUUUUUAUUUUCACUGUUUUUGCCGAUCUAGUUCCAAUCCACAGUCGUGAUUGAAAUCAAAUUGUAUACCGAGCGUUAUGAAUACCAGGGACCAUAAUGGCGAUGACGUCGUUAAAAUGACGUCAUUUGUGUUAUGCUUUCUGCUGACCUUUCCCGGGAUUUUCGAGUUUAUAAAUUACGCAACAAAAGUAGAGUUUUACACAUAAAAUAAAAAGGAAAAUUGUUUGUGUCAGUGAAUAUCAAUUUUAUUUCACUCGUGAGCACCAAAAAAAGUCAUUUUCACUCGUGGCUACGCCACUCGUGAAAAUAUGUUUUUGAUGCUCACUUGUGAAAUAAAAUUGAUAUUUCACUGAAACAAACAAAUAUCCUCUAUGUAUUUAGCGUGUUGCAACGGUCAUGGUGUUUUCUAUUUCAUAAUGACGUCAUUUGCAGUGAACAUCGUACACGUUUUUUUUUUAUACAAAAGAAAAUGAAUUGCCCGAUCAUUGUUUCCAUUAACGCUGCAUCGUAGCAAAAAAGAUUUGCAGUGUGCGCCCUUGCGCAUAAGGUGAGGUUUUGAAUUGUGCAAUCAGGGCUCGUAUUCGUUAACGUUUUAAAUCUGAACCUUUAACAUAACCUAUACCGCUGUACAUGUAAAUCUUGUAUAAAUUUACAUGAAAUUUGCCAGAAGUAUGGCAUAUUUAACAUCAAAAAGCAAUGCAAAUUUAUGUGUUUUUUUUAAAUUCAUAACAAAAGAAGGCGUUGAGAGGUUUAAUGUCAGUCUAAUUUUCAGACUUAAUCCUUACCAUGCUGGACACGACUGGUUCUGCCUUGAUGACCAGUGUCACGGAUGUGCAGACUGAUCAUGAUCUGCACUAUUCGGUCAGUAUCUUUCUGGGUUAGCAUCCCUUUGAACAGUUUAUGGCACUGUGAAAAUUGGAAGAUAGACAAGUUCAUUAUAGAAAUUUAGCAUGGUAAGACUUCAAUCUUUGACGAAUACGAGACCCGAUAAAAGAUCCACGACCUUUUAACCACCUAGACCAUUCCCGCACAAUUUGUUCCUUUUACUAUGACGCUAAAUGAAUAAUUUUAUCUUAUAAAGUUUUAAAUUUCUUCCGGGUCGGAUUACAUGUGUGGAUAAGAUCAAUACUAUCAUUUCAACAAACGUAUUUUGUUGGUACAAUAGAUACUGUAAAUAAAAUUUCGACAUUUC